AUGUCGCACAUUGAUUACGCUCUAUACGAGUCUCCUGUGGGCUAUGCCCUCUUCCAAGUGGUGCAUCAGUCUGAUGCUGUGGGAUUGAAAUUGAAGGAGACCCAGGCCGCCGUCAAUGACCUCGCCAAGUUUGGUAAGAUGGUUAAAUUGACCAACUUCAGCCCUUUCCGCGGUCAUGUCGAAGCCCUGGAGAACAUCAAUCUCGUCUCGGAAGGCAUUGUUUCCGAAUACCUCAAAUCUGUCCUCGAACUCAGCCUCCCCAAGGCCGGCAAAAAGACCAAGAUUGUAUUGGGUGUCUCAGAGAAGAACCUGGCUGGCGCCAUCAAGGGCGAGUUUCCCGGACUAGAGUGCGAGACCGCCGAUACCUCGGAUGUUGUGGGCGAUAUCAUCCGCGGCCUUCGCCUGCACGCCGACAAACUUCUGAAGGACCUGAAGCCUGGCGAUAUUGAGAAGGCCGGACUGGGUAUGGGACACGCGUACUCACGUGCCAAGGUCAAGUUCAACGUCACCAGGAACGACAACCACAUUAUCCAAGCCAGCGCCACAAUCGACUUUCAGGACAAAGGUGUGAACCAGUUUUUCAUGCGUAUCAGGGAGUGGUACGGCUGGCACUUCCCGGAGCUGAUCAAGAUCGUCUCUGACAAUCUGACUUACUCCAAGCUCGUUCUCGCCAUUGGAGACAAGAAGACUCUCAGCGAUGAGAAGCUGCACGAUCUCGCUGCCAUUCUCGGCGAGGAUGGGGAGAAGGCCCAGGCUAUCAUUGAUGCCGCCAAGGUUUCUAUGGGUCUGGACAUCUCCGAUGCCGAUUUAGAUAUUAUAUCCGGUUUCGCUGAGGCUGUUGUCAAGCAGGCCGAUAAUCGCAAGACUACGUCCGCUUACCUGGAGAAGAAGAUGGGUCAUGUCGCUCCCAACCUGCAGGCUCUGAUCGGCACGCCCGUUGCUGCUCGUCUGAUCUCUCACGCUGGUUCCCUCACCAACUUGUCCAAAUACCCUGCUUCUACUCUUCAGAUCCUUGGUGCCGAGAAGGCCCUCUUCCGUGCCCUCAAGACCAAGAGCAACACCCCCAAGUAUGGCUUGAUCUACCAUAGCAGCUUCAUUGGCAAGGCCGGCGCACGCCACAAGGGGAGAAUCUCACGAUAUCUCGCCAACAAAUGCAGCAUGGCUAGCAGGAUCGACAACUUUUCCGAGGAGCCCUCAACGAGAUUUGGUGAGGCUCUCAGACAACAGGUCGAGGAUCGCCUGGAGUUCUACGCCAGCGGCAAGAAACCCGCCAAGAACGCCGAUGUCAUGAAAUCCGUCAUGUCUGUUCUCGACAACGACGCUGGCAAGGACAGCGACGACGAGAUGGUCGAUGCUCCUGCUUCUGCGAAGAAGGAGAAGAAGGACAAAAAAGAAAAGAAGGAUAAAAAAGAGAAGAAAGAAAAGAAAGAAAAGAAGCGCAAGCGUGACGAGGAAGAAGCUGCUCCAGCGGAUGACGGUGCUGACAAGAAGAAAAAGAAGAAGAGAAAGUCAAAGGGUGCUGACGGGGAGUAG